AUGAAACUUCACGCUGUCCUUGCCGUUUUUCUUAUACUUGCAGUCUCUUUGACCCCGGCUGAAGUAAGCGACGAGAUCCACCUUCAAUGGUCCAUAUGUGAUCCGAACCCACAGGUCGUGCUCCAGAAGCUCGGCGAAGACGUCCGUAGUGGUCCUAAGAAGCAGAGCCCGAUCACUUACUUUGACACGAACCCGCCGGUCUACCUGCAGCAAGGGCGCAUGUUUCGUACAAAAACGAGCCACAACGAGGACCUAUCCUUAGUCAAGGUCCGUUUCGCGGAGAAAACCUCAGACAUCCCCGAUACCGUCAACUGCGUCUGGGAUCGCUACGGCGACCAGACGUUUUUCACAUGCGAAAAGCGAUCAUCCUUGGAUGGUGAUGAUGGAAUGAGUCUCUGGAACGAGGAACAAGUCCGCUUCGCUGAACGUUAUGGGGAUAUCGUCUGGGAGGAACUCGUUGCGUUCGGCCCGUUCUUGAAUGCCAAGUGGAAGCUGCAUCUUGAAGGAUUCAGAGCUGUGUUUGACGAUGUGGUGGUCAAAUCGCACCAUCUGAUGGAAAUAGAAAUCAGGGUCUCUACGUUUGAGGGCGAUGGUGUCUAUCACGUGGUCACCAAAUACCUGAGAGAGCACGGGUUGGAGCUUUGCGAUGACCAGGAGUCAAAAACUUUUAGACUAUUCCAAGUCUUGGGUUAUCGCAAUGAACCGGCUCUGGUACUAGCCUCCCAUGAUCUCCGCCGGAAGGUCAAAGCACUCGACCUUGCCGCUGUUGGAGUUGUAUGA